ACGGCAACCUAUUACUGGAAAAGGCAUUCUUAAAGUUUUAUUAUUUUUUGAAUAUUUAGCAGCAGAGAUGUUUCCAGCUAAAAAAGAUAUAGCGCAUUGGAAAAGAAUCGUUUCAGAAUUCUUUUCAGAGGAAGGGCGAUUUAUUUAUUUAUUAAGAAGUUCAACAGAUUUUAAAACUAAAAUUUUUGAUUUACCAACGCCAAUAAUUGCUAGAUUUUUCCAAGUAAAUUUUGAUUCAGGCGUAAAUACAAUACAGAUAACAAUGAGCAAUAUCAAAGAAAGUCAACAUCCUAUAAGCAGUAGCAUUGAGAAUAAUUUUAUAAUCAUAAUAGAAGCAAAAUCUCAAAUGAUAUAUAAUUAUAAUAAUGGUUCAAGGGUUGUGUUUAGUGGCAAAUUAAGAAUUAAACUUAGUUCGAAUACAAAGAUAGAGGCCUUUGAAUUUUAUACAGAUGAUCAUAUAGAAUAUCUACCAAGGAAUAGUGAUAUAUCAUCUCCUAUUGGUGAAUAUGGGAUAACGAUGAAAACUUUAAGAUGCUUGGAGGUUGCUGAAAUUGUACUUUCGUUAAAUGAUAUAAUAUCAACGACCAUUGAGCAAAAGAAGGGACCCCAACGCGAGUUACUAAAUUUAGAGAAACAUGGAUUACAUGGAGUGUCAAAUGAAUUAAAAGAGCAAUUGGUGGAAUUGGCUAAAAAUAAUCCCUAG